AGCGUUAACAACCUCAGGUGUAGAGUAAAUUUCGAACUCGUUCCGGUGAAAAAGACCAAAUUCAUCUAAUACAUAAUUUAUCUCGACGCUUCCCCUAACGAUCAGAAGUCGAGUGUCUUAUUUAUUGGGCUUUUAACGUGAAAUCUCAUUUUAACAUUUUGCCGAAUUUCUUCGAGAAAGGGGAAUGCCUGCAGGAAGGAUCGAAUGAUACACCGAACAGUUUUGUUUUGGUUUUAAGUGUGGGAUUUGACUUCGACAUGUAAAACAUCCUUUCACAAACUCAGCUGAGAGCCAACAAAAUUGCGAUGUCUUCCGCUGCUUACACGCCGUUAGAUGAUACGGACACAGAUGAUCCUAAAAGGGGGCAAGAAAAUGAAGGGGACGAAAGGAAAGGAAAGGGAGAAAAGUCAAAAUUACAGAAAAUAAAGAAUGUGUUUCACAAGACUGGUUACCCGAGUGCAGUGUGGUAUAUUUUGGGAAAUGAGUUCUGUGAGAGAUUCUCAUACUAUGGGAUGCAUGCCAUUCUUGUCAUCUACCUGACACAGAUGUUGAAGAUGGAUGAUGACUCUGCCACAGCAGUUUAUCAUGCCUUUAACAUGUUGUGCUAUUUCAGUCCUCUUUUUGGUGCAAUGUUAGCAGACAGUCUGUUGGGAAAAUACAAGACCAUACUCUAUGUUUCAAUCAUUUAUGCCAUCGGCAAUGUCACUGUUGCUAUCACAUCAAUUCCUGCAGUACUGGCAAAAGUAAAAACGGCUGGUCCAAUGAUUGGAUUGCUGUUAAUCGCACUUGGUACAGGAGGCAUCAAACCGUGUGUGUCAGCUUUUGGGGGAGAUCAGUUUACUGCUGAUCAAGAACAUUUACUUCAGAGCUAUUUUUCCAUUUUCUAUUUUGCCAUCAAUCUUGGUAGCCUUUUAUCUAUGAUUGUUACACCAAUGCUGAGAGGUGAUGUGUCCUGCUUUGGUCAAGAUUGUUACAUGUUGGCAUUUGGAGUCCCUGCUUUGUUGAUGAUCCUGUCAAUUGCAUUGUUUUACUGUGGUCGUAACAAGUACAAGAAAGUCCCACCAGAGGGAAAUAUUGUUCUACUUGUCAGCUGUGCUGUCGGGAAUGCUAUUAAAAAUAAGGUGAAAAGUAUUGGUUCAGGGGAAAAGAGGGACCACUGGAUGGACUAUGCAAAGAAGGAUUAUGAUUCAAACUUGGUGGAGGACAUCAAAGCACUGUUCAAAGUUCUUUUCAUGUUUUUGCCUUUGCCUGUGUUCUGGACGUUGUUUGAUCAACAGGGUUCACGAUGGACUCUUCAAGCUGAAGAAAUGGAUGGUAACUUAGGCAAAUUUGGAACCUUAAAACCUGAUCAAGUGCAGGCGCUCAAUCCAGUGUUUAUUCUGAUCAUGAUUCCAAUUUUUGAAAACAUUGUUUAUCCUCUUCUGAGAAAAUGCAAUCUUCUUGUGAGGCCCUUACAGCGUAUGUGCGCUGGAAUGCUGCUGGCAGCAUGUUCAUUUGUCAUGGCAGCCUUCAUACAGAUUGCAAUACAGCGAAGUCGAGUCGCAGCGGACGUUCCACCAACAGGUUUCGCCAACCUUCGUGUCAUUAAUGCCGGAGUUUGUAAAAUAAACGCGUUCGGUGUUGGCUUGAACGCAGAGGUGCCUUUGAUGCAGGCUUCGGAUUAUGCUCACGUCCCAGUUACUCUGGAUACAAUAAACGUAAAAACGGUUGACUGUCCCACCAAACUCACCAAGUCAUUCUCGGUGAAGAUCAAAGAAAAAGGCGCAACCACUUUCGUUGUUGGAAUCGAAAAGAAUGCGCUGAUUGGAGAGCAGAUUGAGGAUAUUCUCGAGCCAUUAAAAGGAAGUGUAGCAAAAGUCAGAUUUUUUCACACUGGGGGUGAUGUAGCACCGUCUGUGGACAUAAAACUCAACAAAACUUUAACGUACAAGGACAUUGGAAGCUUUAAAAACACCGACUACAAGGAACUUUUAUCAAAGAAGUAUCUGAUUAAAGUUAUGACCGCUGGAACAGACGAUAAACUUCUAAGCCAGAAGAUGUACUUUGGUGAUGGCGGCGUAUACACUGCAAUUAUACAACCAGAUCCUAAGAAGAAUGAUCAGCUGACCAUCAAGAAGUUUGCGGAUGUCAGAGCGAAUUCAAUCUCUAUGCUGUGGCAGAUUCCACAGUAUGUGACCAUCACCGCAGGGGAAGUUCUUUUCUCUAUAACAGGGCUGGAGUUCGCUUACUCUCAGGCUCCUGUUAGUAUGAAAUCUUGUGUAAUGGCUGGCUGGCUUAUGACAGUGUCCGUUGGAAACGCCAUUGUUGUGGUGUUUGCAGAAGCCCGACUCACCGACGACAUGGCGAACGAGUUUUUCUUUUUUGCCGGCCUACUUGCCUUGGUAAUGCUAGUGUUUAUGGUGAUGUCUUAUUUUUACAAAUAUGUAUACUACUCUGUUAAUGGCGAAACAAGCGACAGCAGUCCCCGUAAAGAAGAAACAAAAGACGAAGAAGAUGAUAAAGAGAAAGGAACCCAGUAAAGAAGAAUAUUUCUUCUUAUUACCCUGUAGUUCGCAAUAGGGACCUUAAACAAUCCAGACGACAACGCUAAGAAAUAAGCCAAUUAAAAAAUGCAUUUAUAUUUUUGUUAAGAAUUUCACGAAUGGGUGGAUGUAAUUACCAUCUCUAAAGGCGCCAGACCUCAUCUUCAGCACAAGUUAUGCGAGCAGCAUUGAGUUCCAAAUGGAAACUUAAAUUGGGGAUUUCACGUUGUUGUUUGUGGACACUGUGCUGAUAGUAAGUACGAAGUUUAAAAACGCACGUGCUGAGCUAUUGUUCUGCCCAUUCGAUCUAUUGUUUUUCUGCGUUGUAGUUACCGUCGUCGUCGUGGUUUGUUCAAGGUCCCUUAAUAACUGUUACUUGAGUUUUCGAACUGGUUAAUUUAAUUUGAUAUUCUGUUGUGUAUAACAGGUGCUUAGAUACACGUGCGAGUUUAUUUGGCACCUCUUUUCCGUCCUUUUCCCGGAUGUCUAAAUGCAGCUGCGCUUUCCUCUGCGCCACUAAUUUUAAAGUAACUAUUUUAAAAGUGGAAACCGUUCCUCAAAGUUUCAGAGAAAUUUGGUUUUGUUACCGAUUCGAAUGUUUAAUUAUCCUCUUAGAGGGUCGCAACUGGAGAAAUCUUUGACCUUUGAUGGCUAGUUUUUACACCGUUUUGACCAUUGACGGUUAAACUUUAGGGCCUUUUACGGGUUGACAAUUAGAUAUCGAUCUAAAUUAGAACCAAUAUGGAUUUUUUUUAUUUUUGGAUAUGAAUUAUAAUUUAUAAUGAGAUCUAUUCAGUCUUCCUCUGUCGAAGUAAAGUGAAGCAUAGUUGCAAGACCUCUCACAGUAGAUAAUGAUUAGUUUCAAACAACCCCUUCGUUCCUGGUAUUAAAGGUGCAAACAGCGUUAGCAGAAAUUGCAGACCUCAUUCUUCGGGCCCUGAGCAUAUUACGUUCAGAGCGCCAACAAAAUUAGAUCCACGUCGUGUACCGAACGUGACUACAUACGCUCGCUUUGUACUUCCUUGCCUAACUAUGGAAAUAAAUAGAUAAAACUACGAAAA